GCCGCAGUCCCUUCCUGGAGAGAGGCGCCACUGUCAGAGACGGAACGGCUCAAAGUGUUGCAAAUACUAAGCGCCUCUAGAGACCGCAACCUUAAUGCAUUGCGGGACUUAGCAACCUCAGAAGGCGGUCUAAUAGAGGAUGAAGUCAGACGCACAGCUUGGCCAGUGCUUCUUGGCACCAACGGCGACCAACAGGGUGCGGCUCAAUCAGAAUGGAAGUUGCUGCCAAAGCACAAAGAUGAGGAUCAGGUGCAGUUAGACGUCAAUCGGGCUUUUGUGUACUAUCCUGAAGACGAGUCAACCAAGCGAACAGACGCCCGCAAGCAAGAACUCUCCAAUGUGAUUGUUGCGGUUCUUCGAACACAUCCAAUGCUGCAUUACUUCCAAGGGUACCACGAUAUUGUGCAGGUGCUACUGCUGGUGCUAGGCGCAGAUGCCGCCGUACCAGCUGUGGCGCAGCUAUCACUGCUUCGGAUUCGUGACUUUAUGUUGCCCACCAUGAAAGGCACGGAGCCUCACUUGCAGCUAGUCCCGACCAUAAUCCAUGCCGUGGAUCCCGGCCUUUACAAGCACCUGUCAAAUAUGCAGCCAUUCUUUGCAUUGGCCGCCACCCUCACCCUCUACGCUCACGAUAUUGAAGAGUAUGGCGACAUCGCAAGGCUCUUCGACUUCCUCUUAGCCAGUGCAGCGGUGACCCCACUGUAUCUCUAUGCUGCAAUUGUAAUAUCGCGCAAACAGGAGCUUCUCGACUUUGAAGCUGAUGAACCGGAAAUGCUUUAUGCCGUGCUGUCAAAGCUACCCAAACCGCUCGAUCUUGAUGAACUGAUCCAGCAGACCAUGGCGAUCUUCCGAGCACAUCCGCCUGAAAGCUUGCCUGGGAUGGUCUGGCCGCAGGUGUCCUCCAACAGCGUGCUAAAAACCACACGGGACCCUCGAGCGCUAAGCCAGCAAACUUUGAGCGACGGUGAACGCAUGUUUGAGAAGCAGGCUGCUGAGCUCGAGCGGGCCGAAUUCCGGAAGCGCACCGUUCUGCAAAUGCAGCAGCUAGCGAGGCAUUACAAACGGCCUGCAGGAUUGACCGGCAUAGCUAUAGCGGUUGCAGUCCUCGCCUAUUGG